AUGAAGGAAUCCAAUUUAAGUAUCCAUACUUUUGUCGAUGCCAGCAAGACAGCUUAUGCGGCAUGCAUUUUCUUAAGAAGUGAAUCCAGUAUGGGUUCAGUGACUGUUCAAUUACUUCAAGCCAAAUCACGAAUAACUCCAACGAAGACUAUUACUAUACCACGACUUGAACUAAUGGCUGCUACCAUAGGUGCUAGGCUGUUUAGUUCUGUGAAGCAAGCUCUAAAACUUCCCAACAUCAAGACUUACUUUUGGACAGAUUCUUCCACAGUUCUUGUGUGGAUAACUCGUCGAGAACAGUGGUCGGUAUUCCUUACAAACAGAAUAAGUGAAAUUAGAAAAUUGACAAUUUCGGAAGAUUGGUUCCAUAUUUCAACUGACCAGAAUCCAGCAGACUUUUUGUCAAGAGGUUGUGGACCUAGGCAACUUCAGAAACGCAAGUGGUAG